UGAUCAUAAUAAUUACAGCUGUGUAGGAUUAGUUUAUCAUGCACAGCGCUAAAAGAAUGAUCAUAUUCACAAUUAAUUGCAUUACUUUCAGGCCAGCCACAACUAUAGUAAGACAAUCCGGCAAGCUAUAUAGUAUACAUGUAGCCCACUAGUUAGUGGUGUUACGUUUCUUCAUGACAUAAUUUUGAUGGCUUCGUACGUACACUUAUUAUCAGUGAUUUGAGCAGUC